CAUCCGCGCCCCCAGCAGCACCGCCACGGCCUGCACCUCCACGACCAACAUGGCCAGGAUAGCAUCCCUGGUGGCGCUUACCGCGCUGGCCGCCUGCCUGAGCUGCGCGUCCGCGCAGUACCGCAGCAGCCAGCCCCAGACCACGCCCGUGCCCAUCCUCAAGCAGAUCAACAGGCACAACGAGGACGGCUCCUACAGCUACGGCUACGAGGGCGCCGACGGCUCCUUCAAGAUCGAGACCAAGUUCCCCACCGGCGAGGUGCUGGGCAAGUACGGCUACGUGGACGACAGCGGCAAGACCCACGAGAUUGAGUACGGCGCGAGCAAGCGUGGCUUCGAAGUGGCGGGGACCGGCAUCAACGUGCCGCCGCCGACGCUGACCAACAACAACCUGGACAGCACGGACUACGACGACGGCCAGUACCGCGAGGACCCCAACAUCUACCUCAAGGAGACCGCCAGCGGCGCGCGCGCCGGCCCCUUCGGGCCGCCCGCCUCCAGGCCCGCCCCCGCCGCCCCCGUCAGGCAGCAGUACUCGUCGCCGGCCUACUCGGCCGCCCCCAGGACGCCGUCUCACAUCCAGCAGUACUUCUCGCAGGCCAACCAGUACAACCCCGCCCCCGCGUACAACCCUGAGCCCGCCCCCGCGUACAGACAGCCAGCCCCCGCCUACAAUCCCGCCCCCGUCUACAACCCCGCCCCCGCCUACAACCCCGGCCCGUACUACAACCCCGUGCCCUACCAGGUGGACCCCAACCAGUUCCACGGCCACCCCGCCCGGAACAUCGACAUCAGGUCCGGGUCCUACUCCGUGCAGUACAGCGGGUAGAGCCCCGACCGCGGUCGCGCGCGAGCGUCGUCUGUCUGUACAAACCCUAGGCUAAGUCUGCUCAACCCGUGAUAAGGCAGUUUCAAACGACGAUAGGCUAAGUCCGAUGCUGUCCUGUUAAGUCAUCGAAAUGGAUAGAGAUGCGCUAGUCAGGUUAGACUGAUUUUUGCUAUGAAAGGCUGCUUUUCAAACCCUUGUACAUACUGAGCUCCAGCCUGGUGAAAAAGUGGACUUUCUAUCCGGGCCACUAGGCUACCUACCUGGUGACAUUGUUAUCAAACCGCCAUUUUGUCUCGGACAGCAUAGUUUUAAGGAGAGGGGGUGCCUGUUGUGAUAUUCGUGACCAUACACAUUUGAGAAAAUAAAGAUAAACGUUGCCUCCA